AUGCCAGCUGCCCAGGAAAACCGCGGGGCGGACCCCGUCGUCUGCGUCUUCUGUGCUUCUUCUCCAGGGAAAGAUCCCAUCCAUCUCAAGUCCGCACAAGAUCUGGGUCGAUCUCUCCAUGAGGCCGGCUACAAGCUCGUCUACGGUGGGGGAACCAUGGGAAUUAUGGGUGAACUGGCCAAAACUCUCGUCUCCCUUUCCGGUCCCAGUUCAGUGCACGGUAUCAUCCCCCGAGCCUUGAUCCGCUCAGAGAAGGACCCUUCGUCCCGCAGCGAGACAAGUCGCUUUGGACGGGGGAAGGCAGAGCGAACCAUGUCCUCGGAGGAAUUGCAACGGAUCGACAGUACCGAAGACCCAGAUAAACAAAUAGUGCCCGAGUCCGAGUUUGGAAGAACCACCAUUGUCCCAGACAUGCACACUCGAAAACGGUCGAUGGCAAAUUCGGUCCAGGCUGGUGCCCCCGGUUCAGGCUUUGUGGCCCUGGCGGGGGGAUACGGCACCAUGGAGGAAGUCAUGGAGAUGGUCACUUGGAACCAGUUGGGUAUCCAUCAAAUUCCCAUCAUUCUGGUCAACAUCAACGGCUAUUGGAAUGGUCUGUUGGAUUGGGUCAAGACGGCAAUAAGAGAAGGGUUUGUCGGUGAAGGCGCCGCCAAUAUUUUGGUAGAGGUUCAGAGCACAGAUCAGGUCAUCGAGGCGUUACGUGGCUAUCAGGUUGCCCCUGGGAGGUAUAAGCUGGACUGGUCAUAG